UUGAACUCCAUGGCUGUGUUCCUGCUGGAAAGUCGAGGUGUUUCAAACCCCGAUGCAUGGGGAAGAUUCUAGACAGCGUGGUAAUGUCAUUGGGAAGUAAAUCUAACACUGGUAACAUGCAGAGAUUUGUCUCAGCGGCUGCUGGUUCAUCUUUCACCCCUGGGGAGAAGGUGAGUUUGUGUGGCUUUAGAAUAGAUGUGGUUAAAGUGGUGUAGCCCCCCAGGCUUCAGCAGGGAGGUGAAAUGUCCAGAUUGUUCCUUCUCACCUCUGUUGUCAGUGAUUUGGGAUCUUAAAAACAGCUUGUGACCCUGCCCACUCUUUAUUUAGUGUAAGGGGGAAAAGUCCUACAGAUGUCCUACCUAUAAUGAGCAAUUUCAAGUAAGAGUUCUAACAGGAGAUGUUUUGGUGUCAUGUGGUGGUAAUAGAAACUGGAGAUGGGGUGGGAAGGCUGCUGAGAGUAAGGCAGGAAAACCCACCGGGCUUUCCCCAGAAAGGGGAAAUGCUGCUGCUGGAAGAAGUUCAGGGAUCAAGUGGCUCAAUGCUUUCUCCUGAUGGCAGCAGAUGGGUUAGUUUGGGCUUUUGGAAGUGAAUAAAUUUUCCUGUGGGGCCACUUUAUCAUAGUGUCAGUUCCCUCCCCAAGUCCACUCUGUUCCCCAGUCUCAUUUGCACAAAAGAGAGAAGGGCUCUGGCCUCUCAGCUCCUGUAUUAUGCCACGAUCAAACCUUUUAAAGAGUAUUUGUGUGUUGUUUUCCAUUCAAGAUGGGGUCAGAGCAUAGAGAUUCUGCAGGGUUUUUUUUUUCUUAGAUGGGUAAGACAAUCGUUUCACAGAGCUUUCAGGAUCGCUGGCACUAAUGUAUUUAAGCAUCGAGGUUUAACACAUUUUAAAUGUUUUUAGAACUGCUGGAGUGAGCCGUGCACAGCACCAGCUUGAGCCACACUUUAGCCCAAGGUUGUGUGAGGAGUCAGAACACAGGAAAAUCCCUCGCUGCAGAAAGGCAGCGGCCAAACUCUGCCUCUUCCCCUGUGCAUCUGUGGGCAAUGUGAGAACACGCUGGUAACCGCAAGCGGUUUGAGCCGGGAGCCGCGUUCCCGCGCCGUGGAGCAGGUCCAUCUGCGCUGCACCGAGGGCUCCCUGGAAUGGAUGUACCCGGCGCGAGCCCUGCGAGUGGUCCUGGAGCCCAACCUGUCCAGUGCCCAGCACACCACCGUCUGCAUCAAGCCCGCCAGCGACUUCCAGGGUGCCAACAUCUACGUGGAGCGCGCCGGGCAGCUGCACCUGGUGCUGAGCGAGGCCGAAGGGGCUCGGCCCCACCACGUGUCCUGCUUCAGCGCCCACAGGCCGCAGCGAGUGGCCCUGUUCCUGCAGGCCAGCCCGCAGAGGGACAUCAGCCGCCGCACCGCCAGCUUCCAGUACGAGCUGCUGAGCAACCAGAGCGCGGCCGGCCCCGACUUCAAAAAGAUGGCCCUGGUGGAAGCUAUGUGCCGUCCUUGUGACAACGUGGAACUUCUUAUGGCCAUUUGCAGCAGUGAUUUCGUGGUGAAGGGAUCCAUCCGAAACGUUUCCCACGACUCAGAGAACCACAUGUCCCAGGUGGAUGUCAGUGUCCAGAGAGUCUACAGGCAGAAGAACAGGAUUUUCCAGCAGGAUGAAGGGAGUGGGGAGUGGAGAGGCCCAAUCCGAACCCUGCUGCAGUGCAAGGUGAAGAAGGGAGGUGGAGAUUUCCUCUUCACUGGGAAUGAACACUUUGGGGAAGCCUGGCUGGGCUGUGCCCCUCGCUUUAAGGAUUUCAUGGUUGUUUAUCGAGCUGCCAGAGAAAGAGGAGCCAACCCCUGUGAGUUUGAGCUCAACUGACAAACAGAGACACUGUUGUUGAGAGCUCAGUUUUCAGAUACUGAACCUGGAGCAGAGUUAAAACCCAGGACUGAAGCUGACAAUUCCACCCAAACUGGGAGCUGGAGAAUUCCCUGAGGAUAAUGGCUCUGUGAGCCCUGUGAACUCUUUUAACUCCCAUUAGUUUCUCCUUCUACAAAUUGUCAUUGUCUCACAAAAUAACUGUGAAUUUUGAAGAGAUUGUCUUUGGGGGGAUUAGAAAGCAGCUUGUGCCCAGGAUUACAAAAUUCUAAAAUGUUUUGCUCUGUCUACAUGCAAUGUGCUUUUUCUCCAGAUAUUUUUCUCCUCCCCAAUCUCUACUUGAUUUCUUUUCCUUUACAGGCGAAUGUGGAAACUCUCUCUAAGCUGGGGGAGUAGGAAACCACCCUUGAGGGGAAAAAAAAAAAAAUCCCCAAGAACUACUUCCUUUUUAAAAUGGAACAUAGGUGCUGUAAAAAGUAUGUUUUCUUUUCUUACACUGAAAGACACUAAGGAGCUUAAUAUAAGCACAGACAAAAUACAACUAACUUGACUUCUGAAAGUUCUGUUGAACUGAUUUAGAAUCAAGAGUUGCUCAUGAUGGUGUUUUCACCUAAAUUAUCUGCCUCUUUUCAAUUAGCUUUCAUUAUUUGAACCGUGGCUCCUCCCACCCUCCCUCAGUGCUUUGGCCAGGCUCCCAUAAUUGCCUGUAUUUUAUGUAAAUGGAAUUGCUACACCGUAAAAUGAUAUACAAAUGUGUCUACCACAUAGAGCCCAAUAAAUGGUGUGAAUAAACCCAU